AUGGCUCAUCCAGACAUUGGCGCCGACGAGUUGUCACAAAGCUACAUCUCCGCGGUUGCCAAACGAGGCGUCGCUUACAUCAAGGCUAAUAAUCCCGACAUCGGGCUCACGGCUGUGGUCAUGAUUGGCAUGGCCGAGGUUUCUUCUGUUGAGUUCUUCGAAAAGAAAAGCUUUAAAAAGGCGGACAAGAUUGGGCGCUUCCACUUUGGUGGCUCAACUCACUGCCUCAUCUUUGGACCCAACGUCAAGCUGUGCUUCAACCUAGAUGCGAUCCCUAAUCCGGGCGUGCAGAAUUCAGGGUCACCCAUUCAUGUCCUGAGUCGACUUGCUACAGUCAACCCAUCGAAUUGUUAG